AUGGGCAUCACCAACAAUGGCGGGACCGAUGAUCGGACCCUCGUCAUAACACUGAGCACGGUUCUCUCAGUUGUCGGAGUCAUCAUCAUUGCGAUUACAGUAUAUCUUUGUCUUCGACGCAGGCGGAAGCGAAGCAAGAUGUUCAACAGGGGCAUCACACCAAUUGACGAUGAUGAAAUCGCAACAUGGAAGAUCCGUCGAGCUGCUGAUGAGAAGAGUGGAACUCGAUUCACGUCUCGAAACUCUACCACAAACUAUACCAGGAGACCUUCCCGGAAUGCCGUGAUCCAAUAUCAAAGCCAAACACGACCUUCAACAGACACCGUUCCCCAAUCGCCGAUUUCAUAUAGCAGGAAGCAAAGUUUCGAGGUUCCGCAGGCGCCGCCAGCAGCUGUGCUCGCCGUGGCACCAAAUGCCAGAACGGGGCUUACGGAUGAGACAGUACCUGGCGAUCAACCAUUUGUGGCGAUACCAAAACGUCAGCACUCGAAGCUCUCAAAGGCACCACCGGUCUCGAUCAGCUCGCAGCAUCGUCCACGUACAUCGAGGGGCUCAAGGAGUAGCAGUAUCCGGAGUUUGGGUGAUGCAUGGUACAAUGAAAAUAUGGCGGUAACGCCUCGUACUUCGAGUGAUCAUGCACCUACUCGGGUUCCCGCACGCGUCUAUUCAAAUUCAGCAGCACCACCUCGACGCUCACUUGGUGAAAACCGCCCAUUCGUCUCCACCAACGAUAACGAGCCGUUGACGACCGUGCUAUCGCCUCCACCUCUACACCGGACUGAGAUUGGCCGGGCCAUUGGUUGA